UGCAAAGUUGCGCAUCGCCAACUUAAAAUACCAGACUGUGCAUACUACAAGAUCAUUAUGUUCAAGUUCCUCCAAGAAUUAUCGAUAUGGCUUUUGACCCAUGUAUUUCUCGCUACAAUUGGUGGUUCUUCUCAAGACUUUACCGGGAAUUGCUCUUUUGAUCAAAAAACGUUGUGCAACUGGCGGAAUGAAAGAGGCAUGGAUCAUUUUGAUUGGCUACUCCGGCAAGGGGCUACUCCUAGUCUUGACACAGGACCUAGCAAAGACCAUUCAGGAAAUGGCUCAUACAUUUACAUCGAAACGUCACUUCCACGUAGAUAUCACGAGAGGGCCAAGUUAUACAGUCCUUGGAUGAGAGGCAACCAGCGGUUAACGUUUUUCUACUCCAUGUACGGCAGCGCCGUUGAGACUCUGUCUGUCUAUGUUAGAGAUCAGGCGGGAAAAGAAUUUAGGGUAUGGAGCCGUCAUGGAGGAAAACUUUCCAGCAGCUGGACUGAGGGCUGUACGACCUUGAAUUACACCGGAAGCUACCAGGUCAUAAUUGAGGGUAUGGCAGGCGCAAGUUUCACAGCUGAUAUUGCCAUUGAUGAUAUUAGUUUCAGCACAAAUUUAACGUGCGUCUCUCCUGAGAAUAUAAUGCCAGCUGGGGCAUUUCAAGUGAACUGUACUUUUGAUGAGGGUUUCUGCGGAUGGCGCAACUUGAAUUUCACCGGAGACCAAAUGGAUUGGGUACUAAGAAGACAUGGAACACCAAGCCAAGGGACUGGACCGACCGAAGACCACACAGGAGGUGGAAAAUAUAUCCACAUCGAAGCGUCACGCCCGGCAAAACAACAUCAGUUUGCAGAACUGCUGAGUCCGUUCAUCUGGGGACCAAAAUGUUUACACUUCUUUUAUCACAUGUAUGGAUUACAUAUGGGAAGACUUGAUGUAUUGGUGAGGGCUGCAGGUCAACCACAAAGUUAUCUGACUUGGCAAAGGACUGGAAACCAAGGCAACCAGUGGAGAAAGGCCGUUGUCGAUAUACCUAAUGUGGACGAGUUUCAGGUAGCGCUACGAGGAGUCGUUGGCCCUAGUUAUCAGGGGGACGUGGCAGUUGAUGAUGUGAUAUUGACGGAUGGAACGUGUGCAAAUCGUACCGAAACGUCAGGCGAACAGUUAGGAAAUUGCAACUUUGAUUCCCAUUUUUGCUUUUGGAAGCCAGAUACCAAGGCAGAUUUUCAAUGGUCAAUCGGAAGAUUUACUCCGAGUGUUAAUACUGGGCCAAGAGCUGAUCAUACAUCAGGAUUUGGAAAGUUCCUUUAUAUCGAGGCUUCAGCUCCUAGAAGCCGUGGAGACACAGCGAGGCUUGAGAGUCCAUGGAUGCUGGGACCACAGUGCAUGACAUUUUAUUAUCACAUGUUUGGCUCCACCAUGAGCUGUGUUGUUAUCUACGUACGGAACCAAAAUGAAAACAGGAUUAAACCGGUUUGGCUUAAAUCCGAGAAUAAAGGAGAUCAAUGGAUACGCGAGCAAAUUAGUCUCAACGAGACAGGACAGUAUAAAGUAGUCAUAGAUGGUAUCAGAGGCAGAAGUUACUCCGGAGAUGCAGCACUUGACGACCUCACAUUCCAAAGGGGAACUUGUUUCCAAAGAGAAUCAAACACCUUCUACGUUUCUUCGAACAAAGGCCGAAACUUUCGAAUAGGUUUGCAGCCCUCCGACCACAGCCUUUACUCAGAGGAAUUUCGAUUCACUCUGGAAAAAGCACGGGGAAAUGUGAAAGAGAAACCAUACUUUAUCUACCCUGCAGUGUUGAAGGAAAAAAGUUUCAUCACACCGAAGUUGGAUGUUGUUAAUUACACAAGCUUUCCUCUGGAUGUUGUCGUCCUAAGCAGUGGCACAGAGAUUAACGCUCGAAAGAUUUACUUGAUUGACAGAAGUCCGUACAGUCAGAUGAUAAGCCUCGAUAAUCACCGAAAUGACAGUUGCUGUGGGAGAAAAACAGUAUUCUCUUUUUACGCUCUUAAUGUUUCUGAACCAGGCGGUAAUAUAACCUUUGGAUGCGAACCCGGCUGGCACAGAGCCGGUACUUCCUGCUUUCUGUUCUAUUUAAGCUCAACCUUUAAGUGGAGUGACGCACGCAGGCUUUGCCACCUAUCCAACGCCGAUCUUGCCGUUGCCAAGGACGCGUCCACGAUGGACGCUUUAGCCAAUAGGAGAAGAGAGCUAAAAUUUGACACCCGCGGUGAAAUUUAUCUUGGAUUGACCGGUCAAUUCAAUUGGGUCUGGAUAGAUGGACAGGUGGUUUCUAAUAAGCAUAAUCUGUGGGGCCCGAGGGAGCCGAGUGGAGAUGGAAAAUGUGGGUCUUUCUUGAAUGCUAUAAGAUGGUCUUCCAACUGGGUUGGUUAUGGAUGGCGCUGGAACGAUCAAUCGUGCAACAGUGUUAAAGGGUACAUCUGUGAACAGCCAUUCGAUGUUCCUAUGCCAGUGGCUUUCUUUCCUCUGAGAGGUGCUAAUGGAACGGUAGACUUGAGUCCAAAUGGAGCCACUGAAGCUAAGUCCUAUGGCAUUACGUUUGCACCUGGUCCUUUUGGAAAUCCAAAUGGCUCCUUCUUCUUCAGUGGUAUGAAUGACAGUUUCGUGCACCUCGAAAAUAACGGAGAACUUGACACAAGGUUUUCUACUAGUAUUUUUUCUUGGGUGUAUCUCCAAAACUCCACCGGGUUUAUUUACAAGUAUGAAACAGCUUAUGCAUUUUUUACUUGCUCGCUGAAGGUGUUUCAUCAAUCACUUGGCGUUCGAGUGACAUAUAUGGAUAGGAAAACUUUAAAGGCAUACUUUCUCUACAAGAGAAACAUCUUGAAAUUAGACAAAUGGAACUUUAUUGGAACGACAUAUGAUUACCAAACAGGAAUUGCAACUAUUUUUGUCAAUAAUAGUGUUGUCACCCAAAGAGUUCUCAAAGUAAAUAUGGAACUAAGUACGGCUUCAGAGGUGCUGAUCGGAGGUACAAACAGAUGGAAUAGGUUCUUUCGCGGCAGGAUCUCCUGUUUACAAGUUUACAAUCAGGCACUAUCGAUAGAGCAAAUAGUCAAAGUCAAGACAAGGUGUAAUAAAACUGCACCAUUUGCAUGUGGUCCGAAUUUCUUCCAUUUCCAAGGCGGUUGCUUCUCUAUUCACACCCAGAGCGCACUCACAUGGAAUUUCGCUCAAAUAGAAUGCAAUCGAAAAGGUGGUACACUGGCCAAAGUAUCACGGGAAGGCUUAAGGUCUGCUUUAUCUAACAAGCUGGAAGGAAUGAGACCAAAACCGGACAACUUGCAUAUUGGUUUCUUGGCGCGAGAUGACUGGGUUUGGAUUGAUGGCAACCCGUUGAAUGCCUCCCUGUGGAUGCCUGGAUAUCCUUCUGGCUACCAUGGAGUCCAGAGUUGUGCAGUUCUUUCGGCUAUUUCAUCAAGAAUUAGAAACGUAGAUUGCAAAACGUAUAAGAAUGCUCUGUGCUUCAAACGGUCCGAAAAUUCCUUUUCACGUCAAAAUUUGCUCCAAAGCUCGAGUGUUCUACUACCACAUGAGCUUUCUCUGGCCAUUGAUAGAUCCUUUUCCACAUGCUUUAGGUCAAAAAAGGAGUCCAACCCUUGGUGGCAGGUGACCCUUGUAAAGCCCCUUCACGUUGAAUCUGUUGAGAUCACCGAAAACAUUGACUGCUGUCCACGAGAUAAAGGAAUACUUAACAUUAACGUAUCUACGGAUGAAACCAGUUUACCAUCUUGUACAAAGUCCGUAUCCUAUGGGAAAUCGUGGGAUUAUAAAGUACGCUGUUCUCCUCCGGCGCGGGGACGUUACGUGACAUUGAAAUUGAUUGGUAACAAUGUCACGCUAGUUCUUUGCCAGGUUGUGAUUCGCACAAUUGAGUUUACAGGGGAAAUCCACGGAGUCUGGCGUGAUGCAUGGUAUAAUGUUAACUACGACACUAAAAAGGCACCAACUAUGCGCGAAAAUCCUGCUUUCCGAAUUAAACCUCAAAGCCAAAUAAUCUUGCGAGAUUUCGAUGCACCGGUUAACGUGGCAGAAAAGUACAUUCAACGUUUGACUGGUUACUUACAGGCUCCUGAAAGUGGCAAUUACACAUUUUACGUGUCAUGCGAUGAUUUAUGUGAACUAUGGAUGCACGAUGUUACUGAGGAAGGCAUUGAAAGUUUUGACAAGAAGUCAGAAAGGACUGUUUCAAAGCAACCAAUCAUUACCGUUGAAAGAUGGACUGACCACCAUCAAUGGGACAAGUAUAAAGACCAGCAAACAUCGCAACCAGUCUAUUUGGAAAAAUGCCGCAUUUACCAAAUGGAGGUCUUUAUGAGUGAAAUAGCAGGCCUUGACCACGUAUCUUUGGGCAUGCGUAGACCAAAUGGUGAAUAUGAAAGACCUAUUCCAGGAAGAAGACUAUUUUGGACUAAACCAGGGACACGCAGGCUAGAAUUAACACUCGACAAUCACGAAACAUCUAUAUCAGGCUUUGUUGGUUCGGAAUUGCGCAUUUCGGGAUUUUUCCAGUUCUGUUGUGAUGGUUUGUAUUGUCCAAACUGCCCGUUACAACUGGAUAUCUCAACGCUUGGACAAAAUAUAACAGUGAAUCCAGCAGUGAGCCUGUCUUGUGUGAACACAUCCUUCACGGCUGUAUUUGACACUAUCAAACAGCCAGGGAAUUUCACAGUGGAGGUUGCUUCUUCGUUUCCAAGUAAUCAGGAGAAUAUUGCCAACCUGAGAGUGUUAGGCCAUCUCCAUCUUCAAGCCGUGGUGGUAGAAGAUUGCUAUUUCCAGUCUGGAUAUUGCGGAUGGGCAUACCCUGAGGACAUGUCCAGAAAGUGGAAAUUGUCCGGUGAUAAUACCUUUAUUAACUAUCCAGGUACCUUUGCCUAUGUCGAUUCUUCUUACAAAGCACGGAUGGAGAGUCCGAUAUUACCAUGGAAGCCGUUUCACCGAUCCGUGGGCUUGUGUUUGCGGUUUAAAUAUCUUCUGCCUGCUAAGUCAAAGCCGACCCUUAAGGUUUACCUGCGGGAUCCAAAUAAACGGAAUGUGGUGUUAAUGUGGCACAUGACCGGAAACCACGGUGAAAAAUGGUUACCGGCUCAGGUUGCUUGGCCAGGAGCCAAGGGAAUUCAAGUUAUAUUUGAAGGAGAAGGUGUUCUUGAAAACAAGAUCAACGUUGCAAUUGAUGACAUCAUCAUAACUACUGAGAAUUGUUCGCUACGACCCUUCUUUGCACAGCCAGGUUUCAAGUGUAGCGAUGACCAGUUCACCUGCAAGAAUGGCGCAUGCGUCAAGAAGAAUUUGUUGUGUGAUGGCGAUUUUGCCUGUAAAGAUCAUUCAGAUGAAGAGAAUUGUGAGUGUCCAUCCAGUAAGUUCGCUUGUCAAGGAGGAGGAUGUCUGCUAGCAACGGCUGUGUGUGACGGUAACGAGGACUGUGCCGAAGGUGACGACGAAAAAAACUGUCGUAAUCCAUGUCCUUCUAGCCACCAAUGCCUUGAUGGAUCGUGCAUUUCUUGGUCAGAUACUUGUAGUCAAACACCCUUCUGCAAGGACGGAACUAACACACCAUCUGUGUGCGGUUCUGGCAGGUGCACUCUUAACGAUUUAGCUUGUACCUCCAAAAAUACCACAGCCCAAAAGAGAUGCAGAUCUUUCAGAGGUAUCUGCAACUUUCAAACAGGCCGCUGUGGAUUAAAGCCUGACAAGAAUGCUACUUUUCAAUGGACCGUGGGCUCUGGCCAGACGCUAACGGAAAGAACUGGGCCGAGUUAUGAUCACACAUCGUUCAGCGAGGAUGGUUCUUAUAUCUAUAUCGAAGCUUCUCGAAGAAACUUUGGAGACGAGGCAAGAUUACUGAGCGACUGGAUGGAACCUAAUGAAACAGUUUGCGUUAAGUUCUGGUUUCACAUGCACGGGCCGGACAUUGGUAAUCUGAGUAUCUACCUCAAAACUAACCAAUCAGAAACGCUUGUUUGGAUGGUGUCGGGAGAUCAAGGAAACCGCUGGAGAUUUGGUCAAACGAGUCUGAAUAGCACCCAUUGGUCUAAAAUUGUAUUAGAAGGAACAGUUGGCACUGGAAGUAAAGGUGAUAUUGCAGUAGAUGAUUUCUCGGUGUUGGACGGAGCAUGUGAGAAAAUUUUAAAACAAACGAGUCCAGACUGCUAUUUCGAAGGGAGUAUGUGCGAUUGGCACGUUCAUGAUGGAUGGGUUCUGAAUACUCAUGUAGCGGGAAUGGGAAAGCGAGUAGGAUACGCUUCUCUUCCGGCCAGAGUAUCAGAACUGUUCUCUUUUCUCUCAUCUCCUAUCAUCAACACAAAUGCCUACGAAUGGAAAUGCCUUCGCUUCUGGUAUCUCAUCGCCGACAUAGCUCACGUUCAAGUUCAACUCUGGAGCAGGAGGUCACUAACUGUGAUCUUAAGCAACGCAAAGAAGAACAAAACUCAACUGCUUUUUCAUGCGGAAGAGGCGACCAACGCAUGGAAAUAUGUACAGCUACCGAUACCAAUCAACUCAAUUCAAAUUCAGAUUCUGUUUAUUGGUAUCAAAAGAUUCUCUCCCGGACCAUUUUUAGCCAUCGAUGAUGUUUCUUUCACCAAAGAACCUUGCAAACUAAUUCCUUGGAGUUCUGAUUGUCAGAAGCCUCUUGGCAUGGAGAAUGGAGCUAUCUCCGACUUACAAAUUUCUGCAUCUUCGCAAUGGGAUGCCCAUCAUGCCCCUCCCCAGGGGAGAUUACAUUUUAAACGAUCAGGCGUUAAACAAGGUUCUUGGUCAGCCAGAGUAAACGACGGUGACCAAUGGCUCCAGGUCGAUCUGGGAAGUCAGUACACGAAGGUAACGGGAGUAGCAACACAAGGAAGGAAUGGUCAUCCUCAGUGGGUAAAAAAAUACAAGCUGCAGUAUAGCGAGGAUGGAGUAAGCUUCCAGUAUUACAAGGAACCAGCAGAUACUGAAGAGAAGGUAUUUGAUGGAAAUACGAAUAUGGACAGUGUUGUUUUUCAUCAAGUUGAUCCACCUAUCAUAGCACGUGUAAUCCGCUUUCGACCGAUAGCUUGGAAAGGCCACAUCUCCAUGAGAGUGGAGCUCUAUGGCUGUAAAGCUGACAGCUCCUGUGACAUAUCGCAAGAUUGGUGUGGAUGGAAAAGCAUUCAUGGUUGGAAGCGACUCAAACACAACGAGCUUGACCAUGUCUAUCAGGACAAAGGUGGUGAUACCAACAAUAACGAACAAGGCGGUGUUGCUGACUCAGACGACUCAACUGGUUUUGGACUUUUUGAUCCAGAAAACUACGAGAUUCAGCUUCCUGAUUUUGAUCUCGGCUAUGUGUCAUUCUCUGGCAUUUCACCCCUCCUGAGGGGUUUCACGCUCUGUUUUUGGAUAAAGACCACUCACGAUGGUUUUUUCAUCGAAUAUAAAGUCCCCCGGGAGCAAGGUGAAUCGCUGCAAUUGGGAUGCUACGUCGGUAACGAAAACAUUAAAUUACAGCUGAAAAACACGAGGAGCAAAAUAUCGACAGGCGUGGCAGAUGACAUGUGGCACCACGUGUGUGUAUUGUUGAAUAACCACGUAGGGCUGAUGGAGGUGUUCAAAGAUGGCGAGAGAAAAUAUAGUUCAUUUGGAUUUCAAUUUUUUUUUCAGAUUGAAGGAGGAGGAACCAUGACUAUCGGGUUUAGAAAUUCUAGUGAGAAUGCGUCAAUUGCUUUGGGUGCAUUAAGCGGAUUCAAUCUUUGGGGUCAUGCAAUGCCCGUUGAGGAAAUACUGCGCAUGUCAUUUGGAUGUAGCAGUGAAGAAGGUGACGUGAAGGCAUGGAAAACGGUCAGAAAUGGGUUGCAGAAAGAAGUGGCGGUAAAAUGGUUUCGAACCUGCAGAGAUAGAGGAGGUGGCCGACUUUUAGUGGAUACCAACGUCACCAACUUCAACCAGUCCGCUACUCUUGUGAGCCCACUAUACAAUAGAUCACGUGACUGGUAUAGUGAUUGCCUAAAAUUUCGUUAUAUGCUGCGUGGGCCUGGGAAGAAGACACUUUCAAUCUAUUGGAAGACAAAAACCUACCGUGAAAUUCCAAUCUGGAUUUCGAAUCGCAACACCGGCAGGAACUGGCUUUAUGGACAAGUUCCUUUGAACUCUCUUUCUGAGUUUCAGGUGUCGAUACAAGGUAAAACAGAGACAAGGGAAGACUUGAUAGCAUUAACAGGACUGUACAUUGAGGAGGGAAACCGUUGUGAAGAAAAACCUUGGUUAGCGAAAAGCGCCUGUAGCGAAACAUUGACCAACAAGUCAGGAUAUUUCUUCUCGCCUUCAUACCCGGGACACUCUCCUUAUGACAUUCUCUGUAGCUGGGUUAUUACCGUCCCACCCCGUCAUAUAAUUAAUUUGCAGUUCCAAGAAUUCAGACUCAGAGAUCACCCCACGUGUGAUAAAUGUUUUGUGGAAGUUUUUGACGGAAGUGAGAGGACAUCCUUGGGCAAGUUCUGCGGCUAUUUGUUCCCUCCAAAUUUCCUAUCUUCCUCGAAUCGUUUAACAGUCCUCUUGAGCUGCCAAGGAAAUUUGCCUUUAGCCCGAUUCAAGGCCUUGUACCACUCUGUUUCAGCCAACGACAAUGACGGACUUUCCUGUUCACGCCAGCAAGGUUGUCCGUCGAGCUGCAAAUGUGAAGAUUUCAGCUAUGACAAAGACAAGAGGAUUCAAGUAACUGGGGUAGACUUGCUCAGUGUUCCAAGAAAUCUUCCCUCCAAUACUGGAGCUGUGUUUUUCAAGAAUAAUCGGAUAUCCCAGUUGCAGGAAAAGGCCUUUUCAGAUCUUAAAAAGCUGGAAUAUAUUGACAUAAGUUUCAAUAUUCUGCUUCGCCUCAGUGAAAACUGCUUUCAAAAUGUCUCAUCCGUCAAAACAAUGUAA